UUUACUUUCAUGUGACCAAUUUUAUCCUACAUGGUUGCUAUUAGAAGCGAAGACACAAAUUAUUGGGUUUAUGUGUACUCCGAAAGUUUAGAUGGCUUCUUACUAUUUUCUUUUGUUUGUUCUUGUAGCUGUUACAGCAGUGUCUGAAGCAGAUGCCGAAAAGAAGUUAUCCCCGGACUUCUACACUAGCAGCUGCCCAAAGCUGUUGCCUAUAGUGAAAAAAGGAGUCAUAAAAGGCAUUAAAGAUGAAACUCGCAUAGGAGCUUCCUUACUCAGAUUGCAUUUCCAUGACUGCUUUGUAAACGGUUGUGAUGCGACGAUACUGUUGGAUGAUACAAGCAAUUUCAUAGGAGAGAAAACGGCAGCACCUAACAAUAAUUCAGCAAGAGGGUUCGACGUGAUCGAUGACAUUAAAGCCAAGGUGGAGAAAUCAUGCCCCCGGGUUGUUUCCUGCGCUGAUAUUCUCGCUCUGGCUGCUCGAGACUCUGUUGUUUAUUUAGGGGGACCAUCGUGGAAAGUAGGCUUGGGGAGAAGGGAUUCAAUCACAGCUAGCAGAGCUGAUGCCAAUAACUCCAUUCCUGCGCCCUUUCUCAAUUUAACCGAUCUCAAAACGAAUUUCGCCAACCACGGGCUCUCUGUGAAGAACUUGGUGGCUCUUUCAGGUGCGCAUACUCUUGGUCUUGCCAGAUGUUUAACAUUCCGAGCCCAUAUCUUCAAUGAUUCCAACAUUGAUGCCUCCUUUGCCAAGUCCCUACAAAGCAAGUGCCCCAUAAGUGGAAAUGACGAUUUACUUGCACCCCUUGACCUUCGAACUCCUACCCAUUUCGAUAAUCUAUACUUCAAAAACAUACUGGCUAAAAGGGGCCUUCUUCAUUCUGACCAGGAGCUGCUCAACGGCGGUUCCACCGGUAAACUGGUGAAGAAAUACGCUACUGACACAGUUGCCUUCUUUAAAGCCUUCGCCAAGGGCAUGGUCAAAAUGAGCAAUAUCAAGCCUCUAACAGGAAGCGAGGGGCAGAUCAGAAUCAAUUGCCGAAAAGUCUCUUAACAUUAGUCAACAAUGCGUACCCAUACAUACAUGUAUAAUGAUUUCCUUCCAAAGUUAUGUAUUCUCUGGCUGUCAAGCUACCUGGUUUAUCAUCAAUAAACUACCUCAUUUUAUAUGACUUUUUUAAGCUUC